AUGGGUAAGAAAAACACUAAAGGUGGUAAGAAAGGUAGAAGAGGUAAGAAUGAAACCGAUGGUCCAAAACGUGAAUUAAUCUACAGAGAUGAAGGUCAAGAAUAUGCCCAAAUUACUAAGAUGUUAGGUAACGGUAGAGUCGAAGCUUCCUGUUUUGAUGGUAUCAAGAGAAUGGCUCAUAUCAGAGGUAAAUUAAGAAAGAGAGUAUGGAUGGGUCAAGGUGAUAUUAUUUUAGUUUCUUUAAGAGAUUUCCAAGAUGACCAGUGUGAUGUCGUCCAUAAAUAUAAUCUAGAUGAAGCUAGGGCUUUGAAAACCCAAGGUGAAUUACCAGAAAACGCUAAAAUUAAUGAAACUGAUAACUUCGGUUUCGAAUCUGAUGAGGAUGUUAACUUCGAAUUCGGUAAUGCUGAUGAAGAAAGUGAAGAAGAAGAUGAUUCCGAAUUUGAUAUUGAUGAUAUUUAA